AUGGCUUCCUCAAACAAUUCCAUAGCUGAAAACAAAAAAGCCAAAAAACCAGAAACUUCAACACCUACCAGCAAAGUCAAAACGGAAAAAGACGUAGAAAAAUCCAGUGAGAAGAAGAACAACAACAACGAGGAGAACAAAAGCAACAAGAGUAAGAAGCUCAAGUUCACCAAUGGAAAUUCCAAAGAAAAAGAAGAAAACGGAGUAAAACACGAGAACGACGUUGAAGAAGAUGGAGGAGAAGAAGAAGCGAAAACGAACGUGUUUCCGAUGAGUCGAAUCAGGACGAUAAUCAAAGCAGAAAUCAGCGAUUUGCGUGUUACUCAGGAAGCUAUAUUGGCGAUUAACAAAGCUGCGGAGAAAUUUCUUGAACAAUUAGCUUUGGAAGCUUUUGCGUAUUGUGCUCAGGAUCGGAAGAAGUAUCUGAGUUACAAUCACUUAUCCCAUGUUGUUAGUAAGCAAAAAAGAUUUGACUUUCUGGCUGAUUUUGUUCCCGAGAAAGUGAAAGCUGAGGAUGCAUUAAGAGAGACAAUCUCUAGAGGAGAUAGAGGCGGUUAG